AUGGUUACCGGCCUUUCUCCUCAAAGCGCUCCGACGAGCGCUUCAGCUGUGCCAUCGCCCGCUGCUCCUGGUUCUGAACUUGACUUACAGUCGUUUAAGGAAUUUCUCUAUCAGUACAACCGACUUUCCCAGGAUUGUUUUAUGGCGUGCGUCAAGGAUUUUACCUCUAAGACGGUUUCCAGCAACGAAGAGCGGUGCGCUUUGAACUGUUUGGAAAAGUUUCUGAAGAUGACUCAGCGGGUAUCGACCAGGUUCCAGGAGUAUCAAAUGAUUCAGACAGAAAGUGCCAAUGCAAUGGCACAGCGUGGUCACCUCUAG